GGAUGAAAUAUCAAUAGAUAUAAAUGACGGAGUAAAGUCCACUACCACUACAAGGACACAGAACAUCACAUCAUCUAUCUAUCAUGUCUUUCUCUCGAACACAACCCUCCUCUUCUUCUUCUUCUUCAUCCUCUUCUUCAGUUUGGCAACUCCAAUACAUGAAGCUCCACUUCUUCACCAAGAUUCGUGCCCUUCUGACAUCCAAAGCAUCCUCUCGCAAGUGCAACCAUCAAGGCCCAGUUGAGAAAUCAAGAACCCAACAAGAUUCCGACAAGGUGGCAGCGCUUCCGGAAAUAGCAUCGAAGCCACCUGAAGAUGUGAAUGAGGAGGUUGUGUUGCAGAAAACUGUGAAGAAGCUUCACUUUGGAAGUUUGGAAGAAAAAGAGAAAGCUGCCAUCGAGAUCGAGAAACUAGCCAGAGAAGACAAGAAGACUCGGAAGCUCAUGGCUGAGCUCGGUGUUCUUCAAGUUCUUGUUUCUAUGGUCGCUUCCGAUGUCUCCAGCCAACAGAAAGCUGCCGUUAUGGCUCUUAUUCAACUUUCUCAUGGAACCUACACGAACAAGGCACUGAUAGUAAACGCCGGAAUAUGCUCAAAGCUACCUAAAAGUGUCGAGGUUCUCGACCAAUCAACAAGACAUGGCUUCGCGGAGCUUCUGCUCUCAUUGUCUUCUCUAACAAAUACACAAAUACCAGUAGCUUCAUCACAGAUUCUACCGUUCUUGAUGGAAAUGACGGAGUCAGAGUCAACAAACAUAAAGUGCAAAGAGAUAUGUCUAGCCACCAUUAACAAACUCUGCCUCGUGCUGGAAAACGCAGGGCCGUUGGUCUUAAACGGAGCAGUGAAGACACUCCUAAACGUAAUGUUGGUAAAAGACUUGUCAGACAAGGCACUAGCGAGUCUAGGGCAAUUGGUGGUGACUCAAAUGGGUAAAAAGGCAAUGGAGGAGUGUUUGAUUGUUCCCAAAGGUUUGAUAGAGAUUCUAACAUGGGAAGACAAACCGAAAUGCCAAGAAUACUCGGCCUAUAUCUUGAUGGUCUUAGCUCAUCAGAGUUGGAGCCAGCGCGAAAAAAUGGCCAAGGCAGGGAUUGUGCCGGUUCUUCUUGAAGUGACCUUACUUGGGAGCCCUCUGGUUCAGAAGAGAGCAGUGAAACUUUUGCAAUGGUUCAAGGACGAGAGAAAUGAACGGAUGGGUCCUCAUUCGGGUCCACAAACGGGUCGGAUGAGUUCCGGGAUGGGAUCCCCAAUGAGUCCGAGGUCAGGGGAAGAAGGUAAGAAGAUGAUGAAGAAUCUGGUGAAACAGAGCUUGUACAAGAACAUGGAGAUGAUAACUAGACGAGGGAAUGUGGAUAUGGAGAGGGAAGCUUGUAGGCUUAAGUCUUUGAUCAUCAGCACAAGCUCUAAAAGCUUGACUUAUUGAUCUUUGUUUUAUGCUGAUACUUUGCCGUAUAAAGUGAUUAAGUGAGUGUCCUGCUAUCAACAAAUGAACAUUUA